AUGUAUAUCCAAUCGUGUAAGAGAACCAAUAAGAAUAUAAUAUACUAUAACGCAAAUAUCCAUUUUAUAAAAGAAAAUAUGUCUAAUACGAUUGUCACAUCAUUAAAUUCAGUUGAUAUAAUAGAAAAUAGUGAAAAAUUAGGUGUGAACUUACCAGUUGAUGUGUUUCCCAAUAAAAAACUGACAACAGAUCAUCAAAGUAUCUUUCUAUUUGAUUUAAUAAAUAAUGAUCAACCUUUACCCUCAAAUCUGUUGAAUAAUCAUAACAAAAAUAUUGGUGAUAACAUAUAUCCUUAUUCAUUCCAAAUAUUCCAUCUGGAUAACUUAAAUACAUUGGAUAAUAUAAAAGAUCUAACCUUCCAAGAUAUUAUAAAAAUAACUACGCCAAAUAAUAAUACAGGUUCAAUAAACGACCUAUUUGAUAAUUUAAAGAAAAUAUCCAAAUAUGUAUUCUACGAUGGAAUUAGUACUUUAAACAGUUGUCAAAUAUCAACUUUCUGGCUAAUACUGAAAUUCUUUCAGUUUAUGAAAGAGAAUGUUGGCAACACAUUGCAAAUUAUGUUGUAUGAAUCAAAUCAAUACCAAAUAAAUAAUACUAAAACCUUUAAUUCCGUUCCAACAAUACUACCAAGUAAAAAACCGACCCAAAAAAUGCCUAAAAAAAGACAAUUUAAUUUAUCUUUGAAAUUACCUGUAAGUACAAAAAAACACACUGAUUUAUUCAUUGAUUCUUUGAAAGAAGAUCUAAUUCAAUAUUCACCAACCUCACUAUUAAAACAUUUUCAUAUCAAAUCAUUAGAUUCUCUAUACAAUAACGAUAAUCACAUCUCAAAUGAUAUACUAAAUAUGUUCCCUACUUGGCUGAAAAAGAUUAUAGACACAAACGAUGAAAAAAUUAUUUUGUCUUCAUUAUGGACUAAAUUUAAUAUCUUAGAACAUUUAGAGCACAUGAGGUUAAAAUCCUGUUUAAUCAAUAACACUGAAACUUCCUCUCAAAAUGAGAAUUUGUGCACAAUACCCCCUCUACUCAACAACAAAUCAUUACAAUUUAAAGGACAACAUAUAAACAUCUAUUCCUUAUCCCUUUUACAAAAACAAUUCAAAAGACAAAAGACUUUCGAGCACAAAUUUAAGGAACUUAGUGUGACAAUCCCACAAAACUCAUUAAAUACUAUUUUUAAUGGUAAUAAUAACGAUACAACACCGCUAUCCACUUGUUCUACAGAUUCUGAUAUCUUACCUACUCCAUUAAAUAAUUAUAAAAUUGAUAAAGGAAUUCAACAAUUUGAAAAAAACAGAUAUUCUAAUAAUUUACCGUAUGAACAUUCAAUAGUCAAAUUAAAUAAUUCAAAUGACUAUUUUAAUGCAAAUUUUAUUAAAUUUCCUCAAAUAAACAAUAACUUUCAUUAUAUUGCUACACAAGCACCAUUGCCAAAUACAAUCAAUGAUUUCUGGGAUAUGAUUUGGAAUGAAAAGAUUAAAGUAAUCAUAUCUUUAAAUUCUAAUGAAGAAUUGAAAUUGAAAAAAUGGGAUAUAUAUUGGGGUGAAAGUCUAAAUACCAACGCAAAAUUAAAUGUUCAACUAAUUGAUCAAUGGGAUAAUUUAUGUGGAAUAAAUGGGAUCAUAUUACGGCAAUUCCAUUUAACAAGGUCAGAUCCUCUAAAUAAUAUUAUUGGGAAACAUAUAGUUUAUCAAUUGCAAUAUACAAAUUGGUCAGAUUCAUGCACUAUUAAUAUUAAAGAUAUUUUAAGUAUUUAUAAGAUACGCACUUUAUUAACCUAUGAUGAUACCAGGUUCCUUGCACUGUUGAAAUCUCAUAAAAACAUUCGGUUUGAUAUUCCUUCUUUCAGCGUCAGUGAAACCGAUUUAAAAAAACAUCGGAACACUCCAUUGUUAGUUCAUUGUUCUGCGGGUUGUGGUCGUACUGGUGUAUACAUCACAUUAGAUUAUGUUUUAUGUCUGUUUAGAAACGAACUUAAAAAGAAAAAUAAAAUUAAUGUGUGGAAUAUGGAAGAUGAUCUAUUGUUUAUAAUUGUCAAUGAACUAAGAAAACAAAGAAAAUCAAUGGUACAAAACUUAAACCAAUAUAUAGCAUGCUAUGAUGAAAUGAUCCAAUAUUUUUUAUCAUAUCAGUAA